AUGCUCACCACAGUAAAACACCAACAUAUCCCCAUUUAUUUUAUGUACUUGUUUAGCAGUCCUCCACCAAAAUCCUCCUUUGCUGCUCCUCCACAACCACCUCCACCAAGAUCCUCCUAUGCUGCUCCUCCACAACCACCUCCUCCAGGGUCAUCCUCCUAUGCUGCUCCUCUACAACUACCUCCUACAGAGUCAUCCUUCUAUGCUGCUCCUCCACAACUGCCUCCUCCAGGGUCAUCCUCCUAUGGUGCUCCUCCAGGGUCAUCCUCCUAUGGUGCUCCUCCAGGGUCAUCCUCCUAUGCUUCACCUUCUGCUUUUCCUCAUCAGCCAUUCUAUGACUGUCCGUCUCCUGAUCACACAUUCACUGAACUGUCCUCACCAAUCCCUUGUCCAUCAUCUUCAUAUCUGCCACCUCCAGGACUGUCCACAUUUCCUCCACCUCCUCAGUCAGCACCACAGCAUCCACUGCCAUCCUUUGACUUUGAUUCAUCUACGUCCACUAAUAGUGAGGAAACCUUGGAAGUCUUCAGGCCCACAGUCAGAGUGGGGCAAUCUGGGAGGGAGCCAAUUCCCUGCACACCUACUGACCUCCACAUGCUGACACUUCUGGAAAAUAUGAAACAUGAAAUGAACAAACUAAGUACUAUGGUGAACCUACUGUUGUCAAGAUCAAAUAAUGCUGCAUCUGAACCAACAUCAGAGAUGCCUAGUGACAUCGCUUUUCCUUUGGACACACUGGAUGAGGUUGACCGCUUUGAGGACUGGCUUAAGGACCCUGCAAAUGCCAUAAAGAAGAAGCACAUGGUGGCGGUGCUGGGCUCUAUUGGGGGACGUGACACAAAACAUCUCACAUGGAAUAUCCUGGCACACAUAUUUUCAGAUGGUGUUGCCAAAAAGAUAAAUUGGAAAGGAGUAAACAAUAAAAAGAAGUUCAGUGACAUGGCAACCAAGGGACUUCUUGCGCGGGCUGUUCGCAAGAGUCAUGUGGCUGAAAAGUCAACUGACAUUGAGAUUAACCAUCAUGCCAUCAGAUGGUUUAAUCUCGCUUCAGACCGUGGAGGUGGCCGCAGAGAACGGGCUCUAACAGCACAAGCACAAGAAGCUGGUGUGUCCCAAUGAUGGAAGCAGUGGU